AUGAAGCAUGAAAAAGAUGUUUCCGAAUGGAGCGCUUGGGUCCACAGCCUGUCCUGGAGGGAAUUGCAAAAUGCGUCCGAGUUUACCAUCCCAUCCCCAACAAUGCCGGACGAUGAGACUAUAUGGCGUGAUUUGUCCCGUCUCCAUACACCGCUGCCAACACCAAUCUUUCCCGCUGCAGCGUGUCCGCAUCAGGCCGCGGCCGAUCGGUUCGUCGACCACGCAAACGAAGCCCGACGACGACGUCGCGAUGCGCGGCAUCGGCCGCAACUGUUUCAACUCAUCCCGACUGCAACACCAACACAGCCCUCGUCAUCGAUAGUGCACACACGAAGAAAUAAUGUACCAGCGUAUCGAGUGCACGCCCGUAGAUUUCGGUCGGCGGCGGGAGAUCAAUGGGGAUUGGGGUGUACGUGGGAACAGCGUGAAGCGGAUUGGAAUCUUACCAACGCGUUUCGAAUCGUCCACUUGCCAGAAUCGGGCCAAGCAUUCGGUAGACUAUUUCUCAUCGACGAUGGCAAAGAAAGAUACUCUCCAUUACAUAAGAUCGAUUUUCUACGUUGCUUGGUGGUGGCUUCGCGUGGCCACUGGGGAACCAAAGGGCCUCCUAACAAGAACAAAUCUUUCGCUCGCUGGUUGGAACCAACACAUCGAUGGUUUUCUUUGCCCAUGUACAUUGCGAGUCGAUUGGAGGCUGCCUUGUGGGCAACGUACCUGAUUCGUCAGCGCAAAACAGGUGCUCAACCACCGUCUCUCUGGGAGUCGGCGCUUUGGAAUAGCAUCUCGGAAAAACUAACUGAAGAAAAGAUACUUCACCUGAUUGCCCAAUCCAUUGGUCAAGGUUUGCAAACAGAAAUUAUGGUCAAAGACCGGGUCAUGACCCCCAUGUUUCGAGAUACAGUCAUGUACGGCUUGCUUGACGGCUCUGUACGUUGGCCUCUGUCGGAUCACACGAAGAACAAGAGUCAUUGGAUGGAGACUCUUUUGACAAGCCGUGUGUUGGAGAUAUCGUCGCCGGAAGAUAGACUCCGCGCAAUCCACGAAGCGACCCACAAGGAAUCGCAACAAAAAAAGAAAGGUAUUGCAGUUCAAAGGGCGAUCGUGGAACGAUCACUGCCGCCAUUGGUACCGGAAGACGAAGAAUUGUCCUGCUUGUAUCCAGAAGAAGAGUCGGAGCGGAUACAGCGUAUCCACUUUUCGAACAGUGGCGUGUCUGUUCGUGUACGCAAUCGAAAUAUUGUAUUGUCGUUGUCGAUAUUGGAAGAAGUUCUGAGUGCUGUGUUUGUCAAAGUCGGUCUGACACCGAUUGAACUACCAUUUGCCGAGCACGAUGCCAAACUAGCGCAACGUCGAGCUCAACAAUCUGAAGUAGAUCGAGCUCGAAAGGAAUUUCAGCAGAGAAGACAUACUGAACUUUCGUCAAGUGGAACUACUCGGCAAACUCUCGAGAAUUCAUUAAAACUCGAAGGAGAGCGAACUCAAGCUCUGACAAGCCAAGUCAUGAGUCAGCAAGAAUGCCAAGAGCAAGGCGGCUCAUUCUUCUCUGGUCAGCAGUCACCAUUUAUCAAUCGGCGACGGUUCGACUCGAUAGCGGUCGCUAACGCGUCCGCUACCAGUGGGUCCUUUGCGGGUCUGUUGUCCCCUCGUUACGAAACAGUGGGAGGAGAAUUUAUUCAUCGAUCAGAGGCGGUCGAUUCCUCGUGGGAGUUAAGUGGAUUCGCUCUCGAUGGGUGGGGCCGGAUUCAAGGUUUUACAAGUCGAGAUCGUAGUAUUAUGGAAGAUUUCUUUGAUGGCCAAACUCAGGAAGCGGUAUGCGUAAAUGAUAUCAUGGCCUCUUCAACGGCGGCAUCUAUCGCUUCGUCGACGGAGGUCAAUGCCGUGGAUGUGGACGUCGAAACGAUAAUGGACGAAGAUGGAUGUGGUUUGACAGACGCAGUAAAAGAAUUGGCCAUCCGGGAAGCCGCCACGGCAGGAUCAAGAAUCUCGAUGAAAUCAGUUGUGGCCAACAUACCGAAAGAGGUUCAAUCUGGCACUGCGAUACCAUUUGUGGAGAGCGCAAUGCGAUUGAGCCAAGAAUCAAUGCUGCAUGUCCAGCCGGAAUGCGAGGAUCUUGCCAUGACUGACGUAGUCAGUAUUGAUGAUGAAUGCCAUUCUCCUUCACCUCCCCCGCCAUCGACACCAUCGCCGACGUUGUCCCCAAUUCUUGUCUCUUUAGCAGAUCUUCAAGAAAUGAGAAAGGAGUCGGUAUGUCGAGACAACCCUGUGGAUACAGCGAAUCUUUCGUCGUAUCGGUCAUUCUCAGCCGCUACAACAAGUCUUCCGAAUUCGCCUCGACUUCUUACGCCACCACGUCCACAGAUACCAACCAGCCUUUCAAGGGACAACCUCAAACUAGCAGAUGACUCCGACCAGAAGACAACGGGGAAAGAAUCCCCUGCAUCCUUCAAACUCCAUCUCAAAUCUCCCUCGGUUCUACGAAAGUCGAUGAAAGUAAAGUCCAUGGAUGACACUGAGAUAAAAAGCAAGUCUAACUUGCGACGGUUCAACGAUGGAAUCGUCUCUUAUGUACAUGGCGCUUCCCGUUUACCCAGAUUCCACGAUGACCACGCCAUUCGUCCGCGACGGUCCAUAUUGCUGCGUUCACCGGAUGUCUUGACCCCUUACCGAACUGCGGCGACGCGCGCCGUAGCUUCGUCCAAUAGGACUGAAAAAUUCGAUUCCUUGAAACCGUUUGAGAACCUGAAUCUGAAUCAUAACACAAAUGCAACAGGGCGAUCGAUUGGCGAUGGCUGCGCUCGCAGCGAAAUUGCUGGUGACGCCCACGACGACUAUUUGAAUUGGAAUGACACUCUAUCGCAAAGGGAACCAGAGGAAGUAUCAACCCUACGAGAAGAACGCGAUGCAUAUCGUGACAUGUGUUUGACCAUGGGUGCUGAGGUUGCUAAGUUAAAAAAUAUACUCGCUGCGCAAAAGUCAUCAAUGUUCUUUUCAGUUGCCCCCGAAUACGCAGAUCCCUUGCUUUACCCUGUCGUUCACACUCACAGUGUUGGUCCAGAUGCCGUUAAGUUUGAGAACAUUCCUCGAGCUCGAACACUUGCUGCAAUGAGCGAUGCCGGAUACAAAGGAGAGUAUGAAUCGCUAGCCAGCGACGACGAUGGCGGGAGAUUGGCAGGUUCACGACACCCAUCUUCAAGCGUGACCGGAGUCGGUUCGGAUGUAUCUGUCGAAAACUGCGGCCACUAUGCUCUGCAAUCUCCGCUGGGUGCACCUCUCACCAGGGACCUUCACGAUCUUACGUCGCUUCGAGGAAUGCAGUCUCGCCUUUCAAAAGAUAUUCUUCAUUUUCUUGAUGCCACAAACAUGCACCUUCGAAAGCAAGACAGCAAACGGAUGAAAGCGGUGGAACGUAUGACUCGAUUGGUGAAUACUGUUUGGCCUCGUGCACAAGUCAAAGUGUAUGGUAGUCAUGUUACCGGUCUCUGCUUGCCGUCGUCGGACCUUGAUUUUGUCAUCUGUCUGCCGGCUGUCCACAAACGUGCACCCGCUGUUGCACCUGGUGCCUUGGAAGGUCGAAAUGCCAUCAACGAAACGUCUCAGAAGCUGCUGGCCCGAAAGUUGAAAAGUGAGUCAUGGAUUGAUCCAAGAUCGAUGAAGCUUAUUGAGAGGGCAGUCGUCCCAGUAAUCACAGUGUCUACAAAGGAUACAAAGGCGCGCACAAUUCAACUUGAUAUUAGCUUCGAUGGGCCCGGCCACCAUGGGUUGCAAGCAAUCGAUAUGGUGUCCGAAAUCCUUGAAGAGCUGCCGAUGCUAAGGCCUCUUGUCCUUAUCCUCAAGCAAUUUCUCCUCGACCGUGGCCUUCUGACAGCGUACACUGGCGGGCUAUCCUCAUAUUGUUUGUUUUUAAUGGUGGCACGGUACCUUCAGGAACAACAGACGUCUUGGGGCGACUGCGGAUCUUUACUAAUGGGAUUUCUCGACUUUUACGGAAACUGCUUUGACCCUCGAACAACUGGUAUAAGUGUACGUCAUAGGCAGUACUUUCCCCGGCCAAACUAUUCAUCAGCUCGUAUGCAUUCCCCUGGAAUGCCUGUCUGGAGUGUGUCACCACCUCCCGUUGUUGGGAGUCCGCCUUUGACUCAAUUUUUGCGACGAAACAGUUUCAAUGAUAGAGGAUCGAGUGACGGUAUGCAAAUGGAAAACUUUGCUAGACCACCGCGAUACCAGCCAGCUCUAUCAAAUCGCUAUACGACGCCCGAAAUUCCUCAUACAACAGACCAUGCGGCCCACGAACACUCUAUGCCGUAUACCUUGGAUCCCUUUCUUGUCGAAGAUCCGCUUUCGCAAGUCAGGAGGAGACUUUGGCCACAGCAGCCCUGA